AUGCAUCUCACGGAGAAUUGUAGUUCCUUGAUCUUGAGCCUGCUUCCCCCAAAGCUUAAGGAUCCCGGGAGUUUAUUGAUUCCUUGUAGCAUCCAAAAUCUGAAGUUUGAUAACGCUCUUUGUGAUUUGGGGGCAAGAGUGCGUAUUUUGCCAUACAAAAUCUAUGAGAAGCUUAGUCUUGGUGAUCUCACCCCUACCCCUAUGUCUUUGCAACUAGCCGAUCGCUCGGUUAUGUUCCCUUUGGGUAGGGUUGAUGAUGUUUCCCCUUGUGAUUGGGAAGCAACUUGUGGCAUACAACCCCCGACUACUAAUGCCAACAACUUUGAGAUAAGGCCCGUGUUGAUUACGUUGGUGCAAAGUCACCCGUUUUGUGGAAAAAGUAGUGAAUCGCCUCAUGAACACUUGAAACAAUUUGAGGAUUAUUGCUAUACUAUUAAACACAACAGGGUGGCUUCAGAAUAUGUGAGGUUGAAGCUCUUCUGGUUCUCUCUCUUGGGGCGAGCAAGUGAUUGGCUCGACAAGGAGGUCAAGCAAAAUUCACUAAGGACUUGGAACGAAGUGGCAAGUGCGUUUUUGAGCAAGUUCUACUCGCAUGGGAAUACGGCGAAGUAUAGGCUCAAGAUUCAAUCCUUUGAGCAAAAGAGGGAUGAAUCCCUAUUUGAAGCAUGGGAUCGAUUCAAGGAAUAUCAAAGGGAGUGCCCUCACCAUGUAAUCCCUAAGUGGCUCCUCCUACAAACUUUCUACUUGGGACUAAGCCCAACCUCCAAAACAAGUCUUGAUGCGGGGGCGGGUUGUCCAAUUAUGAAUAACAUAGAGGACCAAAUAGAGGAGAUCAUUGAAGAUGUCAUGCAAAACUAUCAAGCAUGGCAUGUUGGGACUAGGAAUUAUGAUAGCAAGGGGAAGUAUGAAGAUGGAAAGGGUUCGGCUUUCGCUAUAAAGCAAGCAAACAUAAUUGAGAAGCUUAGCUCAAGGCUAGAGAAGCUUGAGAGUGCUCCGAGUCAACCACCAUCUCCAUCAACAAUUCCUCCACCAUCGGCUACUCUUCCCAAGGGGAAGGGCAAGGUGAGUUCCUACAACACAAUGCCACUUGAUACAUCUUUUUGUGAUAUUUGUGGUGAGCAUGGUCAUUUUCCUAGCAUGUGCCAUCUUUUGCAUAAUGUUUCAUAUGUUGAACACGGCUCUCUUUAUGAGCAAGAAUUUGAUGUGGAACAUGCAAAUGCUAUGAAUGAGAGGGGUGCUUCUAGUGGGGGCUAUCCGUCGAACCCGGGAGGCCAAUAUGGUGGUUCUCAAUUUCCUCCUCCCGGAUUCAAUGGGCCAAGGACCUAUGGCAAUAAUUUCCCACAAAAUCCUAUUGGUUAUGGCAAUGCUCCUCCAACUCUCCCGCCUCUGAAGUCUAACCUUGAGGCUCUUAUGGAGUCAUUUGUGGGGGCGCAAGCUAAGAAAAAUGUUGAGUUUGAGGAUAGAUUGAAGCAAUCCAACACUUAUUUGAAAAUGAUUGAAACCCAAUUAACACAACUUUCUAGCACCAUCAAGGAACAUCAAGUGCAUACUAGUCUCCCACCCCAAGGUCAACCUCCUAAGAAAAUGUAUGCGGUCAGGACUAGGAGUGGGAAAAUUUUAGAUGAUGGUGCUAAGUUAGUUGACGCUCCUUGUUCUAGGGGAGAAGAAUUUAAGGGAAUUGAGUCUACGAACUAUGAUGUGGUCGAAGAGGAGUCUCACGUUGAUGACGUGAGCGAUGGUGUGAAGCCAACAGAGGCUACUCUUCUACCUCUCCCGUAUCCUCAAAAGUUUGUUGGAAAGAAGUUAGAUGACCAAUUCUCUAUGUUUCUAGACACUAUUAGCAAGCUUUAUGUGUCAUUGUCUUUCACCGAGGAGCUUAAGAAAAUGCCACAUUAUUCUCGGUUCAUGAGAGACAUUCUGUGUGGCAAAAGAACUUGUGGCCCCAAGGAAACCGUGCAUCUCACGGAGAAUUGCAGUGCCUUGAUCUUGAGCCCGCUUCCCCCAAAGCUUAAGGAUCCCGGGAGUUUCUCGACUCCAUGUAGCAUCCAAAAUCUAAAAUUUGAUAACGCUCUUUGUGAUUUGGGGGCAAGCGUGAGUAUUUUUCCAUACAAAAUCUAUGAGAAGCUUAGUCUUGGUGAUCUCACCCCUACCCCUAUGUCUUUGCAACUAGCCGAUCGCUCGGUUAUGUUCCCUUUGGGGAGGCCAUUCUUGGCCACGACGGGGGCUCUCAUUGAUGUUCAAGGUGGUCUUAUCACCUUGAAGGAGGAAGAUGCCAAGGCUAGCUUCAAGCUUCCUAGUGAUGAUGGAUGUUGUUCCAAGAUGAAGAGUUGCAUGAAGUUAGACACUAUUGCUUGCAUUGAGCAUGAGUAUUCUAAUUUCUAA